AUGGACCAGGCGCUACGUUCCUUGAGCAGAAGAGCGUUAGACGGCUACUUCGUCAUCGACACAGAGAUAGGCAGCGAGUGGGGCUGCAGUGAGGCCAAGAUCGCCAGGCUGCCGCAGAUUAUCAACGACGCCCAGGCGCUGGCCACAAUCGCAUCCGCCGUGCUUGCGGAGCCGGACACUGAGUUCUCCGAUGCGUUCGUCUUGUGGUUUGGUGACACAAACUCCAAGGCCGACUUGCGAAAGACCCUGAAGCAGUCCAACUACGACUCGGUGCUAACUUACCUCAAGCCGCCGUCGGCGAACAACCGCGUCGCCGACAUGCUCAUGGACAACCUCAGCCCCACCGGUCUGACGUACAUGUGCGCGGCCGCAGACAACAGCAUGUGCUCGGGCGGCUUGGUGGCCGGAGCUCACCAGCACGGCGCCGGAGGACUGUCGGGCCACUCCAUCGUUUUGUGCGACAGUUUCUUCGACGGUGUGUCGAACCAGGAGAUGCUUGGGUUCUGGCAAGAGAACAGGAGGCUCAAGGGUUCUUCGGGCUUCUACCUGCUGCACGAGGUACAGCACUUGGCCGCAUUUGUGGGCGACAACCGGCGAUGCAUCGACGUUCCUGACCCAGCCUACCCUGAUGGCAGUGGUUGCUACGAUGCAGGAUGCUGUUCGAGACUUGCGCCCAAGGAUAAGAUCCAGAACGCCCAAAACAUGGCUUUCUUCGCCUUGGAAGUGAUGGCGAACCCCGAAAGUGGCGCGCCGCCUGGCGGUUCUUGCACCAUCAUGAAGAGAGACAGUCCCGACAUGCUUCUGGGAGGAACGGAGGACCUCAUGGCCAGGUCAGGCUACAGCCCGAGGGAUGAGUACGAAGCAUUCCUUCGCAGACAAGCCGGACCGGCGUCGACGUUGAGCUCGAUGAGGAGAAAUGCCACAAGCUCACGCCCGCCCACCCGCUCGACUUCAAGAAGACCCAGUGGUGAGGCCACGCCCUCUGGACCUGUUGACGACAUCCCCGCAACCGGCUCUCGUCCUGCUACCAACAAGCCCGCAACACCCUCCCGCUCGGCAAGCGAGAAGCCAGCCGCGCCCUCUGGGUCGGCAAGCAAGCCUCCAGGAACGCCUUCUCGCCCUGCGACAGACAAGCCUGCAACGCCUUCUCGUUCCGCAAGCGGCGCUCCAGGAACACCUUCGCGGCCCGCGACCAACAACCCAGCCACACCCUCUCGUCCAGCGAGCAGCGGCCCUGCUGGUACGCCGUCCCGCCCGGCAGGCGACGCCCCCGUCUUCACCACGCGGCCGCCCGCUUCCCUGAUGUCCUCCUCGGGCGUUUCUUACUCCAUUUACUACUCCACCGCGCCGCCCACAACGGACGACGGCGGAGUGCCCAUCAUUCCCAUCGUGCCCGUUCCCAUCCCCAUUGCCCCGGUCGUUCCUCCCGUUGUUCCCCCUGUCGGUGGCGGCGGCGGUGGCGGCGGCAACGACAAUCCCGGCAACAACCCCACCAAGCCGGCCGAGCCUUCGGCGCAGCCCUCCGCCCAGCCGACUUCGGCCCCACUGACCUCCGAGCCCGAUGCCCCGCCCACUUCGGCCCCUCCGUCCUCAGCCCCUCCAUCGUCCUCGCGACCCGCCUCGUCAGCUACGCCCUGCUCGUCAAAGGCACCUCUCCCCGCCGUUCCCACGGGAGGUGGCACGCCCGGCGAUCGGGACGGCUUCCCCCAGGCCGUCUACGAUAAUCUCAAGAAGAAGGCAGCCCCUACCACGGCACCGCCGGCCACCAGCACCGUGCCCCCUCCGCCCCCGCCGACGAGCAGUGACAGCUCCAUCCUUGAGACAGCCGAGCCGUUGCCUUCUGCGACGGCCGCUCCCGUUCAGCCGGUGGCUUGUUACAACUUCAAUGUUAAUGCGUACGGAUACUGCUGCCGUGGACCUGAUAGUCCGUGCGAGAAGGAUCUUGGCACAUGCUACUACGGAGGAACUGGUGUUACUGGAGGUGCGACUAAUGUGGUGCCUGAUGGUGCUACCUGCCCUCCUCCCGCGGAUGCCAAGUCUUAA